GAUUCUUCUCAUAGUACAUCCAGAGUGCUUUGCUGACUGGAAUAGCCUGGAAAACAAGAGAUUUUUGGAUAAUUCCCUAGAUAUCUGAGAAAGUGAGAAUAAAACCAAAGUUUUUUGGAGCAUAUUGCUAUCAACAGAAAAAUGCAAGCAGCUUACCACUUCAUUUUUAGAUGUCUUCUUAUCAUUUUAACAGCAUCACUAAUAGUCACCAGUGCUAGACAUCUUGGGGAUGAUAAUUUAGAAGAAAAUAAUCAGUUUGCUGAUGUGGAAUCCAACCAAUUAGGAUCGGGCUUAAAACCCUGGCAGAUGGAGCUUCUCGCACAAAAAUUGGCUAUGGCGGAGUUAAACAACAAUCAAUUAAGAUAUCCAGAAUACAUCCAGGAUUCUGAGCCACGAUUAAACUUAGCUGAUAUCCUCUAUUCUAACUCAAGGUUUCAAAGGAAUCUAAGAAGUAGUAAUAAAAAUAACGACAACCGCAAACGUGGCAGUAGAUGUUAUUUCAACGCUGUCAGUUGUUUCGGAAAAAAAUAAUUGAAUUAUGUGAAAUUAUUCGCUAUCAGAUGCUUUUCAAAUUUCAUUUCAAACUCUAUAUAAUUACCAUAAUGUAAUAAUGAAAGAAUAAAUAUUUUAAAUUG